GUUAAGCAGUGGAGAACGUGCCGUGAAUACCGUUUGUGUGAAAAUUUGCAGUGAUCUGUUUGUGGUUGUACGCAACGAAAGGACUAUCCAAAAGGCAGUGAUAGUGUGUCUAGUGGAGAAAUUAGGUAGCAGUGAUCACUAGUUUAGAUCUCGCAAAGCAAAGCAGAAUGCGUGCGAUAGUGCUAUUUUCAAUCCUGUACGCGGGACUAGCAUCCGCCUUUCCGCAGCAAGCCAUAGAUCCUGCCUACCUGCGUCAGUACUACCAGCAGAUUGCACAGCAAGCAGUAGCCCGGGAGGAUACUGCCGCCGAGCCUCGUGCUGAUGCAAUUCCCAUUCACGAACAGGGAGCCCAAGAGCAACAGCACAUUCCCCAAUACAUCCAGCAAGGACAACAGAUCCGUCUGCGGGAUAAUAUUCAGGAUCAGAUUCAGCGGCAGUACCAGCAACCUCAGGCUGCUCGGCAAUAUCAGCCCCAAUAUCAGCCGCAACAAGUCCAGUACGUACAGGAGCAGCAGUACGCUCAGCCCAAGCAGCUGAAGGUGUCCAAACCACGACCGGCCCCACAACAGUACCAAUCGCUCGGCCAGGGAGGCCAGCGGCAACUCAAUGAGGAUGAAGACUUUGAUGACAACCCAUCCUACCAGUUCGGUUUCGACGUCAAGGAUGACGAAUACACCAACUACCAAAACCGUAAGGAACAGCGUGAAGGAAACGUGAUCAAGGGUAGUUACUCGGUCGUCGAUUCCGAUGGGUUCAUCCGUACCGUCACCUAUACCGCCGAUCCGAAGGAGGGCUUCCGGGCCGAAGUCAGCCGUCAGCCAACCGAUAUCGUGGUUAAAAUACCCAAGCCAAACCCAGAGUACCAGCAGCAGGGUCAACUGCAGCAGCAUCGCGUCCAGCCGCAGCAGCAAAAACCCCGACCGGACUACACCCAGUACCAGUAAGAGCUUGAACCCGCGCUGGAAGGCUGAUGGAAUGCAGAAAGACUUUGGAGCCAAGUUCCGGUCCAUCCCAUUUCCCUCCCCAAGCAUAAUCCUCUCAUCUCAUCCCGUGUCCUCUUUUACGAAAUUUCGUAUCUCAUCAUCUUAGAAGCAAAGUAUAAUUUAUAAUAUUGUAAUGAUAAUUAUAGUUUAUAAUAUUCUAUGUUAGAACAAAACACCGCCGUUGUUCUCGAACAGCAUCCAACCAUUAGUUUGAUCAAGUGUAACGUUGCCGAUUGAAUCAAAAAAACCUCCAAUUUACCACUGUGAAUCACAAUAUUAGCUGUCAAGUCGGUCUGAAACAUGUUUAUUUGCCAUCAUCAUGCGCGAUUUGCUGUUAUUUAUUUUGAGUCGUACGUAACGCGCGCACAAACUGUCCCAUAAAUUCUUACACUGCCUUCGUGUCCUCGAUGAAAACACCUCCCUCGUUCGGGGGCCGGCAAACGAUCGUUAGUCACCGUUUGAAUUGGUAAAGUGA